AUGUCCACAGUACCGUUUCUAAUUCUGGUGGCUGUUCAUUAUACCACCCGCACGUACCGAUUUCUAAUUCCGCAGUUUCCUAAUUCUGGUGGCUGUUCAUUAUACCACCCGCACCCACCGGUACCGAUUUCAAUUCUGGUGGCUGUUGUUAUACCACCCGCAUCCGCAGUACCGAUUUCUAAUUCUGGUGGCUGUUCAUUAUACCCACCCGCACAUCCGCAGUACCGAUUUCUAAUUCUGGUGGCUGUUCAUUAUACCACCCGCACAUCCGCAGUACCGAUUUCUAAUUCUGUUGGGCUGUUCAUUAUACCACCCGCACGUCCGCAGUACCGAUUUCUAAUUCUGGUGGCUGUUCAUUAUACCACCGCACACCGUACCGAUUUCCACAGUACCGAUUUCCUAAUUCUGAAUGGCUGUUCAUUAUACCACCCCAUCCGCAGUACCGAUCCUGGUGGCUUGGCUGUUCAUUAUACCACCCCACCCGCACGUCCACAGUACCGAUUUCUAAUUCUGGUGGCUGUUCAUUAUACCACCACCACGUCCACAGUACCGAUUUCUAAUUCUGGUGGCUGUUCAUUAUACCACCCGCACUACCGAUUUCUAAUUCUGGUGGCUGUUCAUUGCGCCCACCCGGUGCACGUCCACAGUACCGAUUCCCUGAAUUCUGGGCUGUUCGUUUAUACCACCCGCACGUCCACAGUACCGAUUUCUUCUGAGUGGCUGUUCAUUCCGCACGUCCACAGUACCGUUCUACAAUUCUGGUGGCUGUUCAUUAUACCACCCGCACGUCCACAUACCCGCACAUCCGCAGGUACAUUUCUAAUUCUGGUGGCUGUUCAUUAUACCACCCGCACGUCCACAGUACCGAUUUCUAAUUCUGGUGGCUGUUCAUUAUACCACCCGCACGUCCGCAGUACGGAUUUCCUAAUUCUGGUGGCUGUUCAUUAUACCACCCGCACGUCCGCAGUACCGAUUUCUAAUUCUGGUGGCUGUUCAUUAUACCACCCGCACGUCCGCAGUACCGAUUUCUCUCUAAUUCUGAGUGGCUGUUCAUUAUACCACCCGCACGUCCGCAGUACCGAUUCUAAUUCCUGGUGGCUGUUCGUUAUACCACCCCGCACGUCCACAGUACCGAUUUUUAAUUCUGGUGGCUGUUCAUUAUACCACCGCACGUCCGCAGCUGUUCAUUAUACCACCCGCAUCCGCAGUACCGAUUUUAAUUUGGUGGCUGUUCAUUUACCGCCCGCACGUCCACAGUACCGAUUUCUAAUUCUGGUGGCUGUUCAUUAUACCCGCCGCAUCCACAGUACCGAUUUCCCCGAAUUCUGGUGGCUGUUCAUUUAUACCACCCGCACGUCCACAGUACCGAUUUCUAAUUCUGGUGGCUGUUCGUUAUACCAACCGCAUCCGCGUGGCUGUUCAUUAUACCACCGCAUCCGCGGUACCGAUUUCUAUUCUGGGUGGCUGUUCAUUUAUACCACCCGCACGUCCACGGUACCGAUUUCUAAUUCUGGUGGCUGUUCAUUAUGCCACCGCAUCCUGUUGCCGUUCCUAAUUCUGGUGGCUGUUCAUUUGCCACCCGCACAUCCGCGGUACCGAUUUCUAAUUCUGGUGGCUGUUCAUUAUGCCCACCCGCACAUCCACCGAUGCCGAUUUCUAAUUCUGGUGGCUGUUCAUUAUACGCACAUCCGCAGUACCGAUUUCUAA